AUGUCCACUCGAGACUAUGCUCUUACCGAUUUGAUUGAAUCAGAUCCUCGUUUCGAGAGCCUGAAAAUAAAAUUAGCUAAUUACAGAAAGGGUUCUGAUGAAUAUAUUCAGGAACUUUAUUCCCAAUUGCCACUGACUAGCUGGCCAAACUAUAAGAGGUAUCUGAAGAAACAAGCCGCUGCAACUCCGAAUUCUGAUAAUAAAGCUGGGUUUAGCCCUAUUUAUAGGAGUUCUCUUUCUUCGGAACAUUUGAUCAGUUGCGUUGACAAAAACCUAAAAACUGCCUACGACCAUUUCAUGUUUUCAGUGAGGAACUGGCCUCAACGAGACUGCUUAGGUUCAAGACCAUUUGACAAGGCUACAGGUACCUGGGAGGAAACUUACCAUUUCGAAUCAUUCUCUACAGUAUCUAAGAAAUGCCAUUAUAUUGGAAGUGGUAUAUUGUCCUUGGUUAACACAAAGAGGAAACGCCAAUUGGAUGCUAAUGACUUUACUGUUGCUAUAUUGUCCCACAAUAACCCUGAAUGGGUUUUGACAGAUUUGGCUUGUCAAGCUUAUUCUUUAACCAAUACUGCGUUGUACGAAACUCUAGGUCCUCAAACUUCGGAAUACAUAUUAAACUUAACUGAAGCUCCCAUUCUUAUUUUUGCCAAAUCGAAUAUGUAUCAUGUUCUGAAAAUGCUACCUGGUAUGAAGUUCAUCAAUACUUUAGUUUGUAUGGACAAAUUAAGUGACAAUGAACUGAAAAUGCUAAACGAUUCACUUAUACCCAUCGAGACCAAUUCUUUAAAUGAAAAAAUAACACUUUUUUCAUUGGACCAAGUAGAGCGGAUUGGCAGUCUCAAUGAAAUUCCUGCAAUUCCACCAACUCCGGAUUCCUUAUAUACAAUUUCAUUCACUUCUGGUACGACAGGCUUACCUAAAGGUGUAGAGAUGACCCAGAGAAAUAUUGCGUCUGGGAUAGCAUUCGCUUUCUCUACUUUUAGAAUUCCACCAGAUAAAAGAAACCAACAAUUAUACGAUAUGUGUUUUCUGCCAUUAGCCCAUAUUUUUGAGAGAAUGGUUGUUUUGUAUGAUUUGGCCAUCGGCUUUGGAAUAGGAUUCUUGCAUAAACCAGAUCCGACCGUAUUAGUAGAUGAUUUGAAAGUGUUAAAACCCUAUGCAGUCGCCCUAGUUCCAAGAAUAUUAACGCGUUUUGAAGCAGGUAUAAAGAACGCUUUGGAUAAAUCUGCUGUCCAAAGAAACGUGGCAAAUACUAUUUUGGAUUCCAAAUCAGCCAGAUUUACUACAAAAGGUGGCCCGGAUAAGUCGGUUAUGAACUCUCUAGUUUAUCAUCGUGUAUUGAUCGAUAAAAUAAGAGAAUCUCUGGGUUUGUCUAACAACUCCUUCAUAAUAACUGGAUCAGCCCCAAUUUCUAAAGAUACUUUACUAUUCUUAAGAAGCGCCUUAGAUAUUGGUAUAAGACAAGGUUACGGUUUAACCGAGACAUUUGCUGGUGUCUGCUUGAGCGAACCGUUUGAGAAAGAUGUUGGAUCUUGCGGUGCCAUUGGUGUUUCCGCCGAAUGUAGAUUAAAAUCUGUUCCAGAAAUGGGAUAUCAUGCCGAUAAAGAUUUAAAAGGUGAAUUACAGCUCCGUGGGCCACAAGUCUUCGAAAGAUAUUAUAAAAAUCCCGACGAGACUGCAAAGGCCAUUGAUCAAGAUGGUUGGUUUUCUACCGGAGAUGUUGCAUUUAUUGAUGUAAAGGGCCGUAUCAAUGUCAUUGAUCGGGUCAAGAACUUUUUCAAAUUAGCACACGGUGAAUACAUCGCACCAGAAAAGAUUGAAAACAUCUACUUAUCAUCAUGUCCCUAUAUCACUCAAAUAUUUGUCUUCGGGGACUCUUUAAAGACAUUUUUGAUUGGUAUUGUGGGCAUCGACGUUGAUGCUGUUCGAUCGACAUUAGCUGCAAAACAUCCUAAAGUAAGAAAAUGGACUGGCGAACAAUUGGUAGAGAAUUUAAAUGAAGAUAAAAAGUUGAGAAAGGAGUUUUUAAACAAAAUCAACAAGUGCAUCAACGGACUACAAGGCUUUGAAAAAUUACAUAAUAUCAAAGUCGGAAUUGAGCCUUUAACUCUCGAAGAUGAUGUUGUAACUCCGACUUUGAAAAUUAAGCGUGCCAAGGCCUCAAAAUUUUUCAAAGAGACACUGUACCAGUUAUACGAAGAAGGUUCAUUAAUCAAAGAAGAAAGGCUGUAG